AUGCCUGUUUCAGUUAGGCGCACCGACUCUGAUGUUUCUCCCAAAACUAUUAUACCACCACAAGACUCACCUCCGAGUGGCACAAAGGCCGACUAUUUCCCAGACUCAAACACAGUCGAUGGAUCCAAUACUAGUGUUAGGGCCAGUGACGAUGAUUCCUCUGCACACAAGUCAAGUAUCUCAUUCGCACCCGAUGCACGACCCGAUCGCAGCUCAAGCCGCGAGAGCGACCAAAAGCCAACACAGAACCAAGACACGAUGGUUCAAAGGAAGUCCUCCACUGGCUCUGUUUCCUUUCGUCGAAUGACCAAUCCCAAAUUGCCACAGGGAAUGCCUCAGCAAAUGAGCAAUAGUCGUAUACGUGCAAGUUCCCCUGAUCAUAAAAGGCACUUGUUGCAAUCUCAAUCUCUCAAUUUGACUCCUAAUCUCGCUUGUAACGAUACGUUACCUGAACCAAACUCAAUACGCUUGCAUCCAGCAGCUUGA